CACCCUCACUGAACUGAAUAGGACCCUCUGCAGACAGGCCGUGCUGCUUGCCCCUCUCAAUGUGCUUUUUACCAAAUGGAAGCAGAGGUGUUGAACCCCCAGAUGAUGGCAGACGUCAACGGCAACAGUAAAAUCGCCAACGCGGAGCUGGAGGUGCUGAAGCUCCAGGAAUUGGUCCGAAAAUUGGAGAAGCAAAACGAACAAUUGCGGACGAGAGCGAACGCUGUAAACAAUUGCUCCAACGGCCCUCAUCUCCAGAGCCCGCUGCCGUGUCUGCACGGCGGCACGGCGUGCUCAGCCGACAAUUUCUCCGCGAAUUACGGCGUUGUGAGUCCGACACAGCCGCAUCCGUGUGCCCUUGGCCCGUACGGCUCAACGGAGGAGCCGUUCGCCUAUUUCCAGCCGAGCUCCGCGUCUCCUGAUGCUGCUGAGGAGGACAGCGGCGCCGCUGGUCCCACUGUUUUGGACGAGGUUGAUAUUUUGGACCUCAACACCGUGCUCCCGCAUGGAGAGCUGGAUACUUGGCUGUAUGUGAGUCCCAAAGCCAAGCUGAGGAGUGAAAGUGCCCUCAGCCCUCUGCAGUGGUGCAGGCAGGUACUGGACCACCUAGGGCCUGAGGUGGAGCUGGCUAAAAGGACCCUCUGUCACAGACUGGACCAAGCCAAGCGGUGGAGAGGAGUCUCCUCCGUCCGUCCAUACAGCUGCAUAGAAGGGCUCUCCACCCUCAGUUGCCCCAUCCUGCCUUACACUAAACCUGCUGCACUAACCGAGCCCCCAGUUCCAUUCCCAUCAUCCAGUCAUUCCCUACUCCAGCAGACUCUCCCAGGGAGGGCCAGCUGCAGCUUAAGCGACAGAGCUCCCACCUUCCUAUCUAACUCUACACUUCACAAUGUGGGUCGCAGGCAUGCGGCGAUCAGCCCUCAGUCCUCUUUGGACAGCGAGAUUGGUGUGUCAGAGCUGGAGGAUGACUCCAUCUCCAUGGGCUACAAGCUGCAGGACAUGACAGAUGUGCAGGUCAUGGCACGACUGCAGGAGGAGAGUCUCCGACAGGACUAUGCCUCUACCUCAGCCUCUACCACAGCCAGCCGUCGUAGCUCCAGCUUCUCCAUACACUCCCUCAGGCGCAGUGAGAUGGAUCUGGAGGAGGAGGAUGAGGAUGAUGAGGGGUAUGACCAGCUCCCUCCUCCCCAGCCUCGGCUCUUCCGCACUGGGUCUAUGCAGCGGGGCAGCCUGCCCCACUCUCAUACCUUCUCCAGUAUCAGAGACUGCAGACGCAGCCCUGCCACACCUCAGUACUCACUCAGCGGGCUCUCCCACUACUCUGGGCCCUCCAGCCUGACCACAGAAACACACACAGGACACAGAAAUAGCACAGACAAGCUACGGAGAAGCAUGCCCAACCUGAUCCGAGCUCCCAGCAUGCCUAGUGUUCCCAGUAUUCCAAGCCUGGCUUCCCCUAUCAACCCCUCACAUGGCCCCUCCUCCUUGCCAAUGAUGUCCUCCCUCCGGAGCAGCCAGAGCUUUGACUCGUCCAGCGGGCUUGCACGACUCCAGUCCUCCAUUCCUUCCCCAGGACAGCUCAGUCAGCGGGUCCAGAGCGUGGGGAACUUCCCCACUACGCCCCGGCACCCACUUAAAGCCACUGCUUACGUCAGCCCCACGGUCCAGCAAGGCCCCCCCUCCACCGCCCUGUCCUCCUCUGUCAGUCUACACUCCAUCCCCAGCAGUGGCGCUUUGCCCCAACCCCUCAAACCCAGCACUUUGGUACCACAGCCCCUCAAAGCCACUGCCAACCCACCUGCUAUGCCCCGCAGCUCCCUACCUCGCCCAGCUUCCUUUGUAGGGACCAGUAUGACCUCACGUCCCAGCAAAAUUGCCCAGCCCACACGCAGUUUACUGACUCCCCCAAAGAGCCUGGCUGCCCUGAGCGCCCUGAGGGACGGCAGCUGGAAAGAUGGCUGCUACUGAAGCCGGCUGAACUCGUAGGACAAGAGGUGUACAGGGUAACGCUGCAUGGGACCCAGCUGAUUCAAACUUUUUGCCGUCAGGUGGGCCCGGUCUUGGGCUGUGACCCAAGAGAGAGUGACUGUGAACAUUUGAGAAGCACUGUUCUUUACUUAAGGAAGAAGUAGAGACUUAGAGCAGUAUGGGUCCAGCAGGCUGGAUCUUUACCUUACUACCUGCUGAAACACAGACUGACACAUUUUAAAAUCAUGAUGAAAACCUGGCAAUACGCUGAUAAUCAAUUGUUUGAUAUGACCUAGGUCCUCUUUGAUAUGUGCUUUUUUUUAUUAUUUGGCAUUGUGGAUAGUUAAUGCUUUCAUUUAAUAGAAUGAAAAUCCAUCUCCAGCUCAAAGGUUAGAAGAACUAUACCCUAUGCUUUUGAUAUGCGUAUGAUUUCCUAUGACAUCAUUUUGCCAUGAUUAAUUUCUGUCAGUUAAGAUUGUGGUGUCGGUUAUGAAAUCUGAAACUGAAACUGGAAUUUUGUUACAUUUUGUGCCUGUUAUAAAGUGGUGGACUUCAUGUCAGUCAUACUCAUUGUUUUGGAACCCACAGCACUUUUUAUCCGAAUUAUCAUUAACACAUCAAAACAAACAAUCUCCUUUGUUUAUUUCUGAAGUAAAGAAUAACAUUCAGUAAGUUAAGACGAAACUCUAAAACACAUGAUCCUUUGGCUAGUUUCAUUUCAUUACUGUUUACAUGACAGCCAAGAAUUUUAAUGUUCCUUGAUGAACAUUAGUGCUGCAAUGAUAUUGCACAUAGAGCUCUAAUGCUUUUUAUGGAUGAGAAGAAUUUGAAGAGGA